AUGCCAUCUAAACGUGAAUCAUCGGUCUUGACGGAUGAAUUGAACAAUGAGAUGCCAUCUACCUUGGAAGAAGCUACUGAUGGCAAUGAUGAAUUGUUUUAUACUGAAGUAGAUGAACUUCAAAUGCAUGGUAUUGGUGUUGCUGAUAUCACAAAGCUGAAAUCUGCAGGUGUCUGUACUGUCAGAGGUGUUCAAAUGAUGACAAAGAAGAAUCUCUUGAAAAUCAAGGGUUUAUCAGAGACCAAAGUGGAUAAAAUCAAAGAAGCUGCAAUUAAAAGUCAAGCAAGAUUUGUCACUGCUAAACAAAUUGCAGUUCAAAGAGAAAAAGUGGUCAAGAUAUCCACUGGAAGUAAGCAGUUGGAUGCACUCUUGGGAGGUGGUAUUCAGACAAUGUCAUUGACCGAGGUUUUCGGGGAGUACAGAACGGCUUAUAUUGAUACAGAAGGUACGUUCAGACCUGAUCGAAUAAUCUCCAUUGCCGAUAGAUUUGGCGUGGAUCCCGAAAUCGUAUUGGAUAAUAUUGUCGUGGCGCGUGCAUGGAAUAGUGACCAACAAAUGGAAUUGAUCUCUGAAUUAGCUGGUCAUUUUGCUGACCAAAAGGGCGCUUAUCGUUUAUUGGUGAUUGAUUCCAUCAUUUCCUUAUUUCGAUGUGAUUAUUCAGGUCGAGGUGAAUUGGCAGAUAGACAGCAAAAGUUGAAUCAAAUGUUAUCUCGCUUGACAAAGAUCUCGGAGGAAUAUAACAUUGCUGUCUUUAUGACCAACCAAGUGUCUUCAGAUCCAGGAGGAGGAAUGACAUUUGUUGCAGAUCCCAAGAAACCUGUAGGAGGUCAUGUCUUGGCACACGCAUCGUCUACUCGCGUCUAUUUGAGAAAGGGUAGAGGAGAUGAACGUGUAGCCAAAUUGUUUGAUUCUCCCGAUAUGCCUGAAAGUGAAGCUUCUUAUUCCAUCAAUACAGGUGGCAUCAUUGAUAUCGUCUUUUAA